AACUAGGAAGACUGAGAGUCUGGCUGGCUGCCGCCUGGAGACUCCAGCAGAAGGUCCGUCUGUCCCGGCACAAAGAGGCCUAGAAGAGGCAGGGUCCUGGAGAGAGGAUCCCCAAGGGCUGAGGACAUGGGUCUGGCCUGGCCCCCAGCUGGGGAGGAACACAAGAUUCUAAAGCAGUGAGGAGCCCAGACCCUACCCAGACCUGGACCCACCUGAGCCAGCCUCCUGCUCUUCCAGAGCCGACUCCAGAGAUGGCGCUGACCCGGGGGCUGCUCCCCCUCGCCCUGCUGGUGCUCUGCUGGGGGCCCUGCGUGGCAGGGGCCCAAGGGACCUUCCCCCUGCAGACCCUGCGCUGCCAUAACGACUACACCAGCCGCAUCGUCUGCAGGUGGGCGGACACCCAGGACGCCCAGCGGCUGGUCAACGUGACCCUCCACCGCAGGCUGAACAGGGGCCUUCCACAGCCAGUGUCCUGCGAUCUCAGUGAUGGCAUGCCCUGGUUCAAUGGCCAUUGUCCCGGCUGUGUGCCCAGAAUAUGUGUCAUUCCCUAUGAAGUUUUCGUCAUUGCUGACCAUGACUACUUCUCAUUCCGACCGGACCAGCCUCUGGGCGCCCAGCUCACCGUUACUCUGAGUCAGCAUGUGCAGCCCCCCGCACCCAAGGACCUCAACAUCCGUGCUGCCGGGGACGGUUUCCUGCUGUCCUGGAGUGUGGCCCAUGGGGGUUCCCAGAGCCACUGGCUGUCCAGCCUGGAGUUUGAGGUGGUGUACAGGCGGCUCCAGGACUCCUGGGAGGACGCGCCCACCAUCUACUCCAGCUCCUCCCGGGCCAUCCUGGGGCCAGAGCACCUCAUGCCCAGCAGCACCUAUGUGGCCCGAGUGCGCACCAGGCUGGCCCCGGGCUCGGGGCUCUCGGGACGGCCCAGCCAGUGGAGCACGGAGGUUCGCUGGGCCUCCCAACCAGGGAAUGAGUCCCAGCCCCAGAACCUCCAGUGUUUCUUCGACGGGGCUGCCCUGCUCAGCUGUUCCUGGGAAGUGAGGUCCGAGGUGGCCAGCUCGGUCUUCUUCACCCUCUUCUACAAGUCCGGCCCCAGUGCAAGGGAGGAAGAAUGUUCCCCAGUGCAGACGGAGGAGACCAGCAGCCCUUACGUCCGGCACUGCUGCCAGAUUCCCGUGCCUGACCCCAGGAACCACAGCCAGUACAUCGUCUCUGUUCGACCAAAGGAGGAAGAGAAACUUAUAAAGAGCUCAGAUAACAUCCAGAUGGCUCCUCCAACCCUCAACGUGACCAAGGGCAGAGAUGGCUACACCCUGCACUGGAAGGAAGGAAAAAUGAACUAUGAACACAUAACUUGCAUCUUCCAGGUCCAGUACAAGAAAGAAGCUGCCUCAUGGGAGGAGACCAAGACAGAGGACUUCCAGAACGCCCACAGCAUGUGCCUGCCACCUCUGGAGCCUGCCACCAGGUACCAGGCCAGAGUGAGAGUCAAACCUGACCCCCAAGGCUACAACGGGAUCUGGAGCGAGUGGAGUGAGGAGAGCUCCUGGGACACUGAGUGGGUGCUGCCCAUGUGGGUCCUGGCGCUCAUCCUGGUCAUCAGCACCUUGAUCCUACUCGUGUCCCUGCGCUUCUGUGGCGUCUACGGGUACAGGCUGAACCAGAAGUGGGAGGAGAAAAUCCCCAGCCCCAGCAAGAGCCACCUGUUCCAGAACGGGCGCGCCGGGCUCCGGCUCCCACACAGCAUGUGCGUCGUCGGCAGCGGGAGCCACGCACACAGGGGGCUCUGGGGUGGCAGCUGCCCUCAGCCGGAGGGGGCGUCCCCUGUAGACUUCAGGCACAGUGAGGUGUCACCUCUCACCACAGAGGACCCUAAAGAUGCCUGUGACUCAUCACCUGAGCCUGACAUGACUCUGGUCACCUCGGUCCUCCCCACGGAGCAGCCGCCCCGGCCCCUGCCAGAGCUGGCCACCGCCUCGAGCAGGCCUGAGAGCCAGGCUUCCGGCUUUGAUUUCAAUGGCCCCUACCUGGGGCCGCCCCACAGCCGCUCCCUGCCUGACAUCGUGGGCCAGCAGGGACCCCUACAGACAGGCACGAGCAGGAAGCCGCAGCCCCCAGAGUCCCCGAAGUACCUGUUUCUGCCCGCAGCGGGGCAGGUGCAGCUGGUCCCACUGGCCCAGGUGAUGGGGCCGGGCAAAGCCCGGGAUGCAGACCUGAGGUCCAGCCCAGGCACCGAGGGGAGCCCUUCCCUGGAGUCAGGGGCAGGCCCUGCCCCUCCUGAGCCUGGGGUGAUGGUGGGUGGUCAAGGCCCGAAGGACAGGGCCCCCCCAGGUCUGCCCACUGGCUCUCGGGGUCCUGAGGAAGGCACUGUGGCCACUGGUUACGUCACCACUGCAGAUCUGACAUUCACCCCACCCACAGGGGCCCCGUCUCCUUCCCAGGCUCCCCCUCUGGGCCUCCCCUCAGACCAGAACCCCAGCCUCUGUCCUGGACUGGCCGCUGGUCCCCCUGGAUCCCUAGCCCCACUGAAGCCAGAGUUUGAAGGCUAUGUGGAGCUCCCUCCAACCACAGGCCAAUUUCCCCAGUCCCCUCUGGCCAGCCCUGCCCCUCCUGCAGCCAGCAGUGCUGUCCUGAGCCCAGAGCCGCCCCGGGCAGAUGUGCUCUCAGUCUCCCCAACCCCCGAGGGGCUCCUCGUCCUGCAGCAAGUGGGUGACUACUGUUUCCUCCCUGGUCCAGGCUCUGGCCCUCUCUCACCCCAGAGUAAGCCCACUUCCCCAGGACCCUGUCCUGAGAUCAGGGACCUCAACCAGGUGUUCCAGGCCAAGAAGCCCCCAUCUCAGGCCAUUCCCCAGGUGCCGGCCAUUCAGCUCUUCAAAGCCCUGAAGCAGCAAGAUUACUUGUCACUACCCCCUUGGGAUGUCAGCAGGCCUGGGGAGGUGCACUGAGACCCUGUAGAUGUUGAGGGAGGGGAAUAGAAGGAGAAGGUCUGCCUUUCCUCCGGCCCUGCCUUUCCCUCCUGCCAGCCCCUGGUCCCUUCCAUGGUCCUUUCCGCAAAGCCAAGAAGAAGUUUCCAUGUUGUAACAUGGAGACCAGAAAAACAAGUCAACCAUCUACCUCCUCCCUUGACCUUCAGCAAGGUCAAGCUCCUCUUUCUCUCCCUCCCUCUCUGCCACACACGCGCGCGCGCACACACACACACUGUUCUUUCAAAUUCACUUCUUUUAGGUUCUGAAUUAUUAGAGCUUUAUACACAUACUCAUUUCAUUUGCCCCCGUUUUCCUUUUUUCCCAGUUUCCCUGCUUUUCCUAUUGUCUUCUCUUUCCACUGAUUUAUCAUUAGAGUGAGUUUGAGGUCUGGGCUAAGCCUAUUCUGAGAUGCCAUGUCUCAGUCAGAGCCUAUUCAGAUGCUGACAUAUCUGGUUUCGUGGAGGACUUCUGUCUGUCCCUGGCAGGCAUGAAUGCACACGACAAGAUUCCAGCCCGGGGACUUCCCUGGCGGUCCAGUGAUUAAGACUCCGCCCUUCCAAUGCAGGGGGCACAGGUCUGAUCCC